AGAGCCGGACCACACCGACAUCGUUCAAGAUGGCGGUCGGCAAGAACAAGCGCAUGUCCAAGGGCAAGAAGGGGAGCAAGAAGAAGCAGCUCGACCCUUUCCUUAAGAAGGAGUGGUACAACAUCAAGGCGCCCUCCAUGUUCUCCGUGAAGCAGGUCGGCAAGACCCUCGUCACGAGGUCUGCGGGCACGAAGAUCGCUUCCGACGGUCUCAAGGGCCGCAUCUUCGAGGUUUCCCUCGCGGACUUGAACCAGGAUGAGGACCAGGCGUUCCGCAAGAUGCUCCUCAAGUGCGAAGACGUCCAGGGCACGAACGUCCUGACGCAGUUCCACGGCAUGGACUUCACCACGGAUAAGAUUCGCUCGCUCGUUCGCAAGUGGUUCUCGCUCAUCGAGUGCUACGCGGACGUCAAGACCACGGACGGGUACCGCCUGCGCGUGUUUUGCAUCGGCUUCACGAAGCGUCGCAUGGAUCAGACCAAGCGCACGUGUUACGCGCAGAGCGGGCAGAUUCGUCAGAUUCGCAAGAAGAUGGUCGAGAUCAUCUCCAGAGAGACGACGACGUGCGACCUUAAGGAGUGCGUCCUUAAGUUCAUCCCGGAAGUGAUCGGGAAGGAGAUCGAGAAGGUGUGCGCGGGCAUUUACCCUCUGCAGAACGUCUACAUUCGCAAGGUCAAGAUUCUUGGCGCGCCGAAGUUUGACGUCACGAAGCUCAUGGAGGUGCACGGCGACUACACGUCCGAGGAGGUUGGCGCGAAGGUUGAGCGUCCCGCGGAGGAGAAGAAAGAAGAGCCCGAGGCGUAAGUAAACGUUCGAUUUCUUUUCAUGGGGUGAGGGUUCUUCCGGCGUGAGGACUCCGCAAAACUUUAGGUUGUGUUGUAAAAGCAAAACGACCGAAAUUCC